UCCCUCCCUUUGUCCUAUUUUCUGUCUAAAAUAUGAGACAAGGUAAAGAACUCUUCGCUUCAAUUUCAGAGUUAAAAGAAGCCAAGGAACGGAAGAAAGCUCAGGCCAGCCAGCAGAGGUUGGAAGAGCAGAUGGCGGCAGCAGUCACAACCUGGAAUGUCGAAAUAUUACCAAAAUGGGACACAAGCACACACACAAAGAAGUGCCGAGAGCUGUGGUGGCAGGGCCUUCCGUCGUGCGUGAGGGGGAAGGUGUGGAAGCUGGCGAUCGGGAAUGACCUCAACAUAACGCCACAGCUGUACACCAUCAUGGUCCAGAGGAUUAUGUGUCCUCAUUAUAUUUUGACUGCACGCAUUGCCUCCUUCGCAGGUCGGUCGAGGAAGCUGGUCAGCCUGAGUGAGUGCGGAAGCAUGGCCAGUCAAGAGGACGUGACGAGUGACUGUGGGGACCAGGAGGCCACAAUCGACCUCAUACGGCUGGAUGUGUCGCGAACCUUUCCCAACCUGUGUAUCUUCCAGAAGGGAGGACCCUAUCACGAUCCCCUUCACAACAUCCUCGGGGCCUAUGCCUGCUACCGUCCCGAUGUUGGCUAUGUACAGGGCAUGUCCUUUCUAGCGGCCACUCUGCUGCUCAACAUGGAUGAGACCGAUGCUUUUAUCGCGUUCUCUAACCUCCUCAAUCGGCCGGCACACAUGGCGUUCUUCAGAGUAGAUCAGCCUGUGAUGUGUGCGUACUACAACGCCUUCGAGGAGCUCCUAGCUAUUAAUCUCCCACACCUUGCGGAGCACUUGCGGAACAUUGAGGUCACGCCAGACCUCUACAUCCUGGACUGGCUGUUGACGGUGUUCUCAAGGCCGUUACCCAUUGAUGCUGCUGUUAGAAUAUGGGACGUUUAUCUCAGAGACGGAGAAGAGUUUCUGCUUAGAGCUGCCAUGGGCAUUCUAAAACUAUAUGAAACGGUCCUGACCAACCAGGAGUGCACUGCCACUGCGGCUCAGUUCCUCACCCGCUUGCCAGAGGACCUCGGCGCAGACGCUCUCUUCCGAGCCAUUGCAUCCGUCCGAACCUCCGCCCACAAACGCACAUUCACACAGAUCCUGCAAGCGCACAUGGACGCCGCGGCCAGUCACUCAGUUCACAAAGCCGAUGACGAUGACUGGGUACCUGCAAAAAAAUCUUCCUAUCUGAUAAGCUUAAUGGGGGCAUACCUGCAGGACCAAACGCUUGUACAGAGACAUGUACCAGGUUUAUACGUUUGUGAAGUAAUUGGGCAAGACAAUACCAACAUUCACACUUGGAGCUUGGACUGCCCUACAGUCAAGGAAAAUGGGAGCCUGGACUGGCUUGGGCUAGUUAACUAA